UCAUUGGCUGUGAAGGCGGAAGUGACUCGCAGGGGACCUUUCCGCCGACCUCAACACAAACACAGAAGCUCGCUACGCGGAGAACAGGAUGGAGCUGGCGCACAGUCUGCUGCUGAAUGAAGAGGCCCUGGCGCACAUCACUGAAGCCAAGAGAGCCGUCUUCGUCUUCGAGUGGCUCCGCUUCCUGGAUAAAGUGCUCAUAGCUGCCAACAAGGUGGAUGUGAAGGAGAAGCAGAAGAAGCUGGUGGAGCAGCUGACGGGUUUGAUCAGCAGCUCUCCCGGGCCGCCCACCAGGAAACUGCUGGCCAAGAACCUGGCUGUGCUCUACAGCAUCGGAGACACCUUCACCGUCUUCCAGACACUCGACAAGUGCAACGACAUCAUCAGGAGCAAAGACGACACCGCCGCGUAUCUGCCCACUAAACUCGCUGCAGUGGCGUGUGUCGGGGCGUUUUAUGAACGGAUGGGCCGAAUGCUGGGCAGCUCUUUCCCUGAAACCAUCAAUAACCUCCUGAAAGCUCUGAAGAGCGCAGAGUCUCAGGGUCGAGGCGAGAUCCUGCUCAGUCUGCAGAAAGUCCUCAGUGGCCUGGGCGGUGCGGCGGCCUCCUGUCACAGAGACAUCUACAAGAACGCCCGCUCAAUGCUGACGGACCGAUCCAUGGCAGUCCGCUGCGCCGUCGCAAAGUGUUUGUUAGAGCUGCAGAAUGAGGCCGUGUUCAUCUGGACCACAGAGCUGGAGAAUGUGGCCACGCUGUGCUUUAAAGCUCUUGAAGGCUCUACGUACAGUGUGCGUGUGUCUGUAUCCACACUGCUGGGAACCGCCAUGGCCACAGCGCUCAUGCCCAAACAGGCCACAGUCAUGCGUCAGAACGUGAAGCGGGCGACUCUAGAGGAAGUUCUGGAGCUGAUGGCCACAGGCUUCCUGCGAGGAGGCUCUGGCUUCCUGAAGAGCGGAGGAGAGAUGCUGAAAGGAGCGUCAGUCAGCCGAGAGGUGCGAGUCGGAGUCACGCAGGCGUAUGUUAUGUUCGUCACCACUCUGGGCGGGCAGUGGCUGGAGCGUAACUUCGCAGUGUUUCUAUCGCACCUGCUGGAGCUGGUGGCUCAUCCGCGGGCCACGCAGACUCACGUGGAGGCUGUGUAUUCACGCCGCUGCGUGUCCUUCGCCUUGCGGGCGUCGCUGGGCGGUCUGCUCGGCGAAAAAGCUCAAAUAGCUGCUGCGAAGGAAAUCUGCCUGGCCAUCAGCAAACAGAUGAGAGCCGUGGAGGCUGUAGUGAAUGACCCCAGCAGUGAGAACCGGGCCGGGGCCGCAGACGUGUCGGCCAGUCAGCAUGUGAUGGUGUGUGCUCUGAAAGAGCUGGGCAGUUUGGUCCAGAGUCUGAGCGCUACAGCUUCCCCUCUGAUCCAGGAGCCAUCUGUCGGUUUUUUAGAGACAGUCACAUCCGUGCUGCUGCACCCGAGCAUGGCUGCGCGUCUGGCUGCGGCCUGGUGUCUGCGCUGCGUCGCUGUAGCUCUGCCACACCAGCUCACGCCUCUCCUGGAGCGCUGCGCCGAGUGCAUCAACAACCUGAAGAACUCACCCGAGGCUGUGAGCGGCUACAGCUUCGCCAUGGCGGCUCUACUGGGAGGAGUGCAUCAGUGUCCUCUGGGCAUCCCACACUCCAAGGGCAAGAUGGUGGUGAGUAUAGCUGAAGAUCUGCUGCGCUCUGCAGCCCAGAACAGCCGGCUGUCUCUCCAGCGCACUCAAGCGGGCUGGCUGCUGCUAGGAGCCCUCAUGACCUUAGGACCGUCUUUAGUGCGCUACCACCUGCCAAAGAUGCUGCUGCUGUGGCGUAACGUGUUUCCUCGCUCUCAGAAGGAGCUGGAGGCCGAGAAGGCCAGAGGAGACUCCUUCAGCUGGCAGGUGAUGCUGGAGGGUCGCGCCGGCGCCUUGUGCGCCAUGCGCAGUUUCGUGGCACAUUGUCCAGAGCUGCUGACGGAGGACGUGAUCCGCAGGCUGAUGACGCCCAUCGAGUGCGCCAUGACCAUGAUGUCUCAUGUUCCUGCAGUGAUCAAGGUUCAUGGAGCUCAUCUGAAGGCCAGCGCUGCCAUGGUCCGACUGCGGCUCUACGACAUACUGGCCCUGCUGCCGCCCAAGACAUACGAAGGCAGUUUUAACGCUCUUCUGAGGGAGCUGGUGGCAGAGUUCACGCUCACAGAUAACUCGGCCAACACCACCACAUCUCUGCUGCGCUCGCUCUGUCAUUACGACGACAGCGUGCUGAUGGGCUCGUGGCUUCAGGAGACCGAUCAUAAGUCCAUCGAAGAUCAGCUGCAGCCCAACAGCGCGUCAGGCAGCGGCGCUCUCGAACACGACCCGUCCUCCAUCUACCUGCGCGUCCCUGCGGUGGAGGCCGUGCCCGGACCGCUGCCCCUCGGGGUGUCUGUGAUCGACGCCUCGGUCGCUCUGUUCGGAGUCGUCUUUCCUCACGUCUCUUUCAAACACAGGUUGCAAAUGCUGGAUCACUUUGCUGAAUGCAUUAAACAAGCUAAAGGCGUCCGUCAGCAGGCCGUGCAGUUGAACAUAUUCACUGCGGUGCUGAGCGCUCUCAAGGGUCUGGCUGAGAACAAGAGCAGUCUCGGCCCGGAGGAGGUGCGUAAAUCAGCUCUAGCGCUGGUGAUGGGCGCGCUGGACAACCCCAACCCCAUCCUGCGCUGCGCUGCUGGAGAGGCUCUGGGUAGAAUGGCUCAAGUCGUGGGAGAAGCUUCUUUCAUCGCCAGGAUGGCACAGCACAGCUUUGACAAGCUGAAGUCGGCGCGUGACGUGGUGUCCAGGACGGGUCACUCUCUGGCUUUAGGCUGCCUGCACCGUUAUGUGGGCGGCAUUGGGUCGGGCCAGCACCUCAAGACCAGUGUUAGCAUCCUGCUGGCCCUGGCUCAAGACGCCACGUGUCACGAGGUCCAGACGUGGGCGCUGCACUCUCUGGCUCUCAUCGUGGACUCCAGCGGGCCCAUGUACCGCGGUUAUGUGGAGCCCACGCUGUCUCUGGUGCUGACGCUGCUCCUGACGGUCCCCCCCUCACACACAGAGGUGCAUCAGUGUCUGGGCCGCUGUCUCGGAGCGCUCAUCACCACCGUGGGCCCAGAACUACAGGGGAACAGCGUCAGCAUCUCUACGAUCCGCUCGUCAUGUCUGGUGGGCUGUGCUAUCAUGCAGGAUCACUCAGACUCUCUGGUCCAGGCGGCGGCGAUCUCCUGCCUGCAGCAGCUGCACAUGUUUGCACCGCGACACGUCAACCUGUCCAGCCUGGUGCCCAGCCUCUGUGUGCAUCUGUGCAGCUCUCACCUGCUGUUACGGCGGGCCGCGGUGGCAUGUCUCCGGCAGCUGGCUCAGCGCGAGGCUGCAGAGGUCUGUGAAUACGCCAUGAGUCUCGCCAGGAAGGCUGGAGACGGCAAAGACAGCACCAGCAUCAAUCUGAACAUCACCGAGACGGGUUUGGAAGGUGUUCUGUUUGGAAUGCUGGACCGGGAGACGGACCGGAAGUUGUGCUCGGACAUUCAUGACACGUUAGGUCACAUGCUCUCGUCUCUGGCUGUGGAGAAACUUCCUCACUGGCUCAAGCUCUGCAAAGAUGUUCUGGCAGCUACUACAGAGGUCGGUGGGACGGUUGCGUCUGUUGGCAGAAGGAAGGAUGAGGAGGAGGACUCUGAGAAGAAGGAUGAGAUGGAUGAUGACAUAAUGUUCACAUCUCUGGGUCAGGAUGACAAGUCCAAGCCGUCCGUGGCGCCUCGCUGGGUUACACGAGUGUUUGCUGCCGACUGUCUGUGCCGUAUCAUUCAUCUGUGUGAGAAUGCAGACAAGGCCCACUUUGACCUGGCCGCUGCGCGUGUCAACAAGGCUAAAAACCCUGAAGGUGACUUCCUGGUGCUGCACUUGUGCGAUCUGAUUCGCAUGGCCUUCAUGGCUGCCACAGACCACAGUAACCAGCUGCGCAUGGCUGGUCUGCAGGCGCUCGAGGACAUCAUUAAGAAGUUCGCCGCUGUGCCGGAGCCCGAGUUCCCUGGUCAUGUGAUACUGGAGCAGUACCAGGCUAAUGUUGGUGCUGCACUCCGACCAGCCUUUUCCCCAGAUACACCGUCAGACAUCACUGCCAAAGCCUGCCAGGUGUGCAGCACAUGGAUAGGCAGCGGUGUUGUCAGUGACCUCAAUGACCUGCGGCGCGUCCACAACCUCUUGGUCUCCUCUCUGGACAAAGUCCAGACUGGCAAGAGCCCAUCCAGCCAGCUGUACAGUGAGAGCGCCACUACUAUGGAGAAGCUCGCUGUGCUGAAAGCUUGGGCCGAGGUGUUCGUCGUGGCUAUGAACAUAAAGAAGGAGUCUCAGUCCAAGCCGGCGCGUCCUCCUCAGGGUGAGGAUGAGGAUGAGGGAGAUGAAGGAGACGUUCUUCCUCCAGACAGCCUGAUGACGUUAGUUCAGCCGGAGCUGCCGUCUCUCAGCCGUCUGUGGCUAGCGGUGUUGAGAGACUAUGCGCUGCUCACUCUGCCGGCUGAGUUCUCCAGUCAGCUGCCGCCUGAAGGAGGGGCUUUCUACACUCCUGAGACCAUAGACACAGCGAGGCUUCAUUACCGUAGCUCCUGGGCGUCUGUGCUGCACGCGGAGGCCCUGUGGCUCAGCAGCACAGGCUUCGGUUCGGCUGAUGACACUGGACCUGUAGUGGCCUCUGCUCCGGGGAACAGCACUGAUGGCGUAGUGAAAGACAGAUUGCACCUUCUUUUGGGCAUCAGCAUCGAGUUCCUGUGUUUCCCUCGGGCCGAGGAGCCCAUCGAGGAUGUGAUGUCGUGUCUGCAUGCUCUCUGCACGCUGCUGGACUCGCCGAGCGCUCGGACGCACAUCGCAGAGGACCAGCUGCUGGCUGUGGAGCUGCUCAACGUGCUUCACCGGCUGUUAUUGACACGCGACCCACCCAGCGUGCAGCUGCAGGUGACGACUGUCGUGCAGAAAACCAUCCGUGCAGCCCAGGAGCAUCUGGAGCACAUCAGGAGCAGCAAGAGUAGGUGGUGGUUUAUGUUUCUUGCUGUAGGAAGCAUGACCAUCUUGCCCACGGUGCUCUUCCUGAUCACUGGUGUGCUGAGAGACACUGCGGUAAAGACGUCAGAUAACUCUGUCCCUGCGCCGGUGUCUGCAUCUCUGCAGGCCAUCAAAACCAUCCUCAGCUCUCCGCUGGCAGCCAGGAGCCAGACGCAGUGGAGCGCGCUGGUCAGGAGCAGUCUGGCCACCGUCCUCCAGCACUCACAGCCAGACAUGUGCGGAGUCGACGUGGAUGAGGUCAGUUUGCUGACGGCUGUCACACUCUUUCUGCUGUCGGCCAGUGGUGCUCUGGUGGGCGUCUCUGUCCUGCAGACAGGCUGCAUCGAGCGCUUCAGACACGGACUCGACUCUGCUGAUCCCUGGACUCAGGCCCGCUGUUACCAGCUGCUGCUGUCUGUCUUCCAGCACUCGUGUCGCAGUCUCUCCACUCCCUACAUUCACUCGCUGGCUCCGGUGCUGGUGGAGAAGCUGAAGGCCGUUGAGCACAGUCGACCGUCCACACCUGCUGAGCUACAGGCCGUACAGGAAGGAGUUAAGGUGUUGGAGAGCCUUGUGGCCAUGGGAGAGGAACAUAACCGAGUGCAGUUACUGGCUCUGCUGGUCCCGACCCUCGUUUCAUAUCUGUUGGAUGAUACGACCUUCUCCACGGCCUCCACCUCCUCUAAAGACCUGCAUGAGUUUGCCCUCCAGAACCUGAUGCACACUGGUCCUCUGUACCCUGCUGCCUUCAAGACUGUUAUUGGGGUGGCACCAGAACUCAAGACCCGACUCGAGGCGGCCAUCAGAUCCAGACAAGCCAACAGUAAAGCCAAGAGCGCUGCGAGACAGCAGCAGCCGACUGUACAAGCGGCUCCCACCAUCAAACUCAAGACCAGCUUCUUCUAGUCGCUUCACACACCUGUUCAUCCACAGCGCUGCUUCAGAGUCAUAUGGGUGUUGGUUUCUUCCAGUGAAUUCCGUCACCCUUAUAAAGUGAAUAAAGGCUACAGUGGCAUUGUCAUAAGCUUCGGGUCUGUUAGAAGCAUCUUGUUUGUUUUUUUUGGGCACUUUUGAAAUGCACCUAAGGUCAAAAUGAGGAACUUUCUUUUCAAAGCUCACAUAACACAGGUGGAAAUAUUAAAAAUUCCCAUUUACCUGAAUAUUUCCUUGACUACAUUCCCAUGUUUUUUUUUAACUGCCUUGCUAUGUUGAUGUGUGUUUCUUUUUAUUAUGAUUAUCUGAUUAUAAUUUAAAAAAUAAUAAUUUCAUAAAUUAUGCUUAUGAUUUUGGUAACUGAUGAGCGUUGUUUUAAACUAACGUUCAAGAUUAUUCAAAGUGUAAACUACUUGACUUGUGCUGUGAAUGUCCAUGUGUAUACAGACCUAACAUGAAUCUCUUUUUAAAUGUAUUAGCAGUGUGUGGGUCUAUUGUAUGUUUUGAGGAUUUGUUUGAGCUUUUAAUAACUUGAUUGUAAUGUCUGCUUUUUGCCUGUUAUUCUCAAAGAAAAACUAUUUAAUAUGACAUUUGUCUGUCCACAAAUAAUGUAUCGAUCAAUAUUUCAGAACUUUCCAUAACAGACUGGACAGCUGUUCUCAUGUAAUUAAGCUAACAGGUAUAAAACCUAAAAUACAAAAGUGUUGCCCGAGUUUGUUUUGUGCUGAACAUGGAGCUCCCUAAAUAACCCCUGAUUUAAUUAGAGACUCCACGAUCUCAUAUAAAGGUCAUGUAAAGAACUCUUCUAAAACUAUACUGUUGGGUGUUCUCUGCUGAAAUGGUCCAUGUUAUCUGUUCGCAUGCACUUCUCAGGAUUCCCAAGCACAAAUUAUUUUAAUAUAUGGCUUUUCUCCACUGGCAGUCAUUCAAAAAUAUCUGUGUAUUCAUUAUAUUGUAAUUUGGAGGUGUUGUGACACAAUCCUGAGAUGAUUUUUUUAACAUGUUUUUAGUAAUCCUGUCUCAUUACAUUCAAGUCACCUAAUUUCCAAGCCUCUCCUACAAACUUAUGUUCAUUUCAAUCUCUAAAAAAAAUAAGUGGACUUCCACGUCACAGUUCAGUGUAGUCGCUAGUGAAAGGCUUUUUUUCUAGUUCCAUCAAUCAAUCACAUCUUUGUUUUUCAGAUUAUUAGACUAGAUUUAACUAUAACAAGUACACAAUCUAUGAAUAGCGUCCAACCAGAAGUGCAUAUAGCAAUGCAGACUAUAAAUUAAAUGUGCUAAUUGGCUCAUAAUUUUAAAAUUAUCUUCUGAGCUUAAAGAGAGCCUUUUCACUUGAAUGAAUACCACUGAUGUGAAGUUUACUCUGCCUAAUCUGAAAAGAGUUCCUAGACGGAUGUUACAAGAACAGACUCCAUCGGGUUAAUCUUGAACGUUACAUUGGCGUUUUUGUCUUAAUCUUGGAUCAUCUGUUUUUUGUUUAAUAAAU